AUGUUUACUGCAAAAAAACUACUUUGGGUGCUAAAAGAACAUGGACAGUCUUGGGAUGGCGCUUAUUUUCGUGACACUAUCCUUCGACAACAGGUGAUCCCAUUUCUUCGUGAUUCGUCCAAUGUUCUCGAUACGAACGAAGUGAUAUUUCUUCACAACAAGGCACCUUGUAUGAAAGCGAAUGCAACACAACAUCUUUUAGAAGAUGAGAAUGUGAAUUUCUGGGGAAAUUCAAUUUGGCCAGGCAAUAGUCCUGACAUGAAUCCUGCAGAAAAUAUUGGUGCAAUUAUUAAAGAUAAAGUUGAGGAACUAAUGGCAAAUGAAGAUCGUCGUAGCAGAUACAAUUACGAUGCACUGAAAACGAAUUUGGAGAAUACGCUCAAAGAUCUUGAAAAUGAUACAGAUCUUUUUAUUGACUUGUUAUGCUCGAUGCGAAAAAGAUUUGAUGCUCUCAAGGCUGCUGAUGGGGAUGGAAGUAAAGGUGGCUAUUGUGCAGUUGUCGAAGCAGCAGUACAAUUACGAAAUGACAAAACUUUCACUGAGUUAGAUCUCUCGGACUCAAAUAUCGACGACAAAUUAGUACACCAUCUUUCUGAUGCAUUACAAUAUAACCAAACACUGACUACAUUGAAUCUUCGCUCGAAUGAAAUUGGUGACACGGCUAUGAAAUACCUUUCUAAUGCAUUAGAAAAUCACCAAAUGCUCAUAACUUUGGAUCUUGCAGAGAACAAAAUUCAAGAUUUCGGAGUACAAUGUCUCGCCCGUAUAUUAAAAAAAAGCAAAACGUUAACGGCGCUUAUUCUUCGAUCGAAUCAGAUUGGACAAGAUGGAGCACAAUAUAUUUCUGAUGCAUUAAAACAUAACGCUAUAUUGGUCAAUUUGACACUAACAUCGAAUGAGAUUGGAGCCAAUGGGAUAGAAUAUCUCUCUGAUGCAUUGCAACAUAACACAACGCUGACAACAUUAAAUCUGGGAUGGAACAAAAUAGGUGAUCCUGGAGCACAAAAUAGUCAACUUCAUAAAACAUUUAAAAUUUAUAUUCUUAUAUUACGUUUACCAACACGACCAAUAGCACGUGAUCAAGAUGCACAAUGUGAUGAAAAUGAUUCAUAUAAUCUUGUGUAG